AUGGGCGAGCUGCCGACCGGGUGUCGGAAAAAGAGGCGGAAGCGGGGAGGAGCCGCCGCCGGAGCCGGACCGCAUCCGCCGCGGCGUCUCCAUGGCACGUCCCUGGCCUCCGACUUCAACGACUACAUAAGGAGGCGCUUCUGGGCGCAGCCGUGCCGCUCCUGGUUUCCAGCUUGCGGGAAGAACGGAGUAACAAGUCUCACGCAGAAAAAGGUCUUAAGGACACCUUGUGGCCCGCCCAGUGUGACCGUAACGAAGCGAACCAUGAAGGACCGCUCCUCAACUCCCCCCUUACAUGUUCACGUGGAUGAGAACACCCCUGUCCACGUCCACAUAAAAAAACUCCCGAAACCAGCAGCGGCCGGCAGCCAGAAAUCUCAUAAGCGUGGAAUGAAAGGGGACACCGUGAAUGUGCGGCGGAGUGUCCGGGUGAAAACCAAGGUACCUUGGAUGCCCCCUGGAAAGUCAUCCGCUCGGCAUGUGGGAUGCAAGUGGGAGAAUCCACCUCACUGCCUGGAGAUCACGCCACCGUCUUCAGAAAAACUGGUCUCCGUGAUGCGACUCAGUGACCUUUCCACCGAAGAUGACGACUCUGGUCACUGUAAAAUGAACCACUAUGAUAAGAAGAUUGACAGUCUUAUGAACGCGGUUGGUUGUCUCAAGUCUGAGGUCAAGAUGCAGAAGGGUGAGCGCCAGAUGGCCAAGCGGUUCCUGGAAGAGCGGAAGGAGGAGCUGGAGGAGGUCGCCCAUGAGCUGGCCGAGACGGAGCACGAGAACACCGUGCUCAGGCACAACAUCGAGCGCAUCAAGGAGGAGAAGGACUUUACCAUGCUUCAGAAGAAACACCUCCAGCAGGAGAAAGAAUGCCUCAUGUCCAAGCUGGUGGAGGCAGAGAUGGACGGUGCGGCCGCAGCCAAGCAAGUCCUGGCUCUGAAGGACACCAUCGGGAAGCUGAAGACGGAGAAACAAAUGACCUGCACGGACAUCAACACGCUGACGAGGCAGAAGGAGCUUCUCCUUCAGAAGCUGAGCACAUUCGAGGAGACCAACCGCACCCUGCGGGACCUGCUGAGGGAACAGCACUGCAAAGACGACUCUGAUAGACUAAUGGAGCAACAAGGAGCGCUAUUAAAACGGCUGGCCGAAGCGGACACAGAGAAAGCGCGUCUGCUGUUAUUGCUGCAGGACAAGGAUAAGGAGGUGGAAGAGCUCCUCCAGGAGAUCCAGUGCGAGAAGGCUCAAGCAAAGACAGCAGCCGAGCUGUCCAAGUCCAUGGAGUCCAUGCGCGGACACUUGCAAGCCCAGCUGCGCUGCAAGGAAGCCGAGAACAGCCGCCUAUGUAUGCAGAUCAAGAACCUCGAGCGCAGUGGCAACCAGCACAAAGCGGAAGUGGAGGCGAUCAUGGAGCAGCUGAAGGAACUGAAACAGAAAGGUGACCGGGACAAGGAGUCUUUGAAAAAGGCCAUCCGCGCCCAGAAGGAGCGAGCCGAGAAGAGCGAGGAGUACGCCGAGCAGCUGCACGUGCAGCUGGCCGACAAGGACCUUUAUGUCGCCGAAGCUCUGUCCACCCUGGAGUCAUGGAGGAGCCGCUACAACCAAGUUGUCAAGGACAAGGGGGACCUCGAGCUGGAGAUCAUCGUCCUGAACGACCGGGUGACAGAUCUCGUGAACCAGCAGCAAACCUUAGAGGAGAAGAUGCGGGAAGACCGGGACAGCCUGGUGGAGAGACUGCACCGCCAGACUGCUGAGUACUCUGCAUUCAAGCUCGAGAACGAGAGGCUGAAGGCUAGCUUUGCCCCAAUGGAGGACAAGCUCAACCAGGCGCACCUGGAAGUGCAGCAACUGAAAGCAUCCGUCAAGAACUACGAGGGAAUGAUUGACAACUAUAAGAGCCAGGUCAUGAAGACCAGAUUGGAGGCAGACGAAGUGGCUGCCCAGCUGGAACGCUGUGACAAAGAGAACAAGAUCCUUAAAGAUGAGAUGAACAAAGAGAUUGAAGCGGCUCGCAGGCAAUUCCAGUCCCAGCUGGCUGACCUCCAGCAGCUCCCCGACAUCCUCAAGAUCACCGAGGCGAAGCUGGCCGAAUGCCAGGACCAGCUGCAGGGCUACGAGAAGAAGAACAUCGACCUCACAGCCAUCAUCUCCGACCUGCGCAGCCGGAUCGAACACCAGGGGGACAAGCUGGAGAUGGCGCGAGAGAAACAUCAGGCCUCCCAGAAGGAAAAUAAAGAGCUGAGUCUGAAGGUGGAUGAACUGGAGAGGAAACUGGAGGCCACCAGCGCCCAGAAUCUCGAGUUCCUCCAGGUGAUCGCCAAGAGGGAGGAGGCCAUCCACCAGUCCCAGCUGCGACUGGAGGAGAAGACGAGGGAGUGCGGCUCGCUGGUGCGACAGCUGGAGAACGCCAUCGAGGACGCCCGCAGGCAGGUGGAGCAAACCAAGGAGCAAGCGUUGUCCAAGGAGCGAGCAGCCCAAAACAAGAUCCUGGACCUUGAGACCCAGCUGAGUAGGACCAAAACGGAAGUCAGCCAGCUGCGACGGAGUUGGGACAAUGUGGACCGGCGCUACCAGAGCCGGCUGCAGGACCUGAAGGACCGCCUGGAGCAGUCGGAGAGCACCAACCGCAGCAUGCACAACUACGUGCAGUUCCUCAAGGCCUCCUACGCCAACGUGUUCGGGGACAACCCUUACAGCAGCUUCCUCACCAGUUCCCCCAUCCGCUCACGCUCGCCUCCUGUCUAAGGCUGCGGGUUGUGGGCUGGGAGUCCAGGAGGAGGCCCAGGAGGAGAAGGGCGUGCGAAGUCCAAGUCGCCAAGCCAUCGCGCAAGAUCCGCUUGGCUCCCCUCCUGCCCGGCGAGACAGUGCCAUCAGGAUUUUGUCCUUAGCUCAGGGCUCCAGAAAAGUCCGGAAAGCUGCCUGGAGGAGGAGGCAGAAACCAACAUUCUCCCCUCUCGGAUGUCGCUGCCGGAAAGCAGGUCCCAGUGUCUCUGGCAGGCCUGCUGGGGUACCCAGUUCAACACC